AAAGAGUAAAAAAAUAAUAAAAAUUUAAAUCAAUACGAAACAAACAAAAAAGACCAGUGAAAGUGUGUGGAAUAAGAAACUUUUCGCAUUGACAAAACAGCUGUAACAGAUUUCUAAAAUGGCAGCAUAUCAAAUGAAUUUCAACCAGGAUUUUACCUCGCUUUCUGUGCUGAGCAGCACUGGUCUGCGUUUGUAUUCGAUUGCCGGCCAGGAUAAGGUCGAGGAGAUCUUUGCCAAGGACAAUACAGAGCAAAUACGCAUUGUGGAGCGGCUGUUUAACAGCUCGCUGGUGGUGCUGGUCACCUCACAGAAGCCCAACUGCCUUAAGAUGCUGCACUUCAAAAAGAAACAGGACAUAUGCAAUUGCUUCUAUCCUUCGGAGAUUCUGUGCGUGCGCAUGAAUCGCCAACGCUUGAUUGUUUGCCUGGCGGAGAGCAUACACAUACAUGACAUACGCGACAUGAAGAUCCUGCAUUCCAUUGAGAAUAUAGCGCCAAAUGAGCUGGGUCUCUGUGCUCUCUCUCUCAACUCCCAUCUGGCGUUUCCCAUCUGCCAGUCCAGCGGCGAGCUGCGCAUCUUCAAUGCCAACAAAUUGCGCACAGGCAUGACGAUCAAGGCGCAUGACACGCCCCUCUCAGCGCUCACGUUCUCGCCCAGCGGCGCACUGCUGGCCACCGCCUCGGAGCGAGGCACUGUGAUACGCGUCUUCUGUGUGAAGAACGGCCAGCGGGUGCAGGAGUUGAGACGAGGCGUCAAGCGUUGUGUAAGGAUCGCUUCGCUGGUCUUCGCAGCGAGCGGCGAUUAUCUCUGUGCCUCCUCCAACACGGAGACGGUGCAUGUCUUCAAGAUCGAUGCCCGGGCUGUGGAGGCGGCGGAGAUGAAGGCUAUAGCUGAAGUGGCAGCCAAAUCGGACAGCAAUACCAAGGAAACGACAGCCACGACGACGAAGACGUCAGCGACUGCAGCCAGCACUGCUUCUGUGGCAGCGGAGGAAACCAAUGAAGCAACGACUGCUAGCACGGCCGCCAGCUGGGGUGGCAUGUUUACCAAGGCGGUGUCCUCGCUGCUGCUGCCCGCCCAGGUCAGCGAUGUCUUGGCGCAGGAUCGCGCCUUUGCCACGGUGGUGCUGCCACAGCCAGGCCUCAAAAACAUUUGCGCCCUGACCCGAGUACAAAAGGAACUGCGUCUGCUGAUUGCCUGCGAGGAUGGCUUCCUCUACAUGCACGACUUCAAUGCGGAGCGUGGUGGCGCCUGCAAGCUGCUGGCUGUGCAUGACUUGCGUGGCGCUCUCGAAGAUGUCAUCGAGUUGCAGCUGAGCGAAAGUGUGCUCAAAGCACAGACGAAGACGCUGCCACAGCAAUCACUGACUAUGCUCAAAAGCUGUGCGGCUAGUGUGCUGAUCGAGAAUCCCGAUCCCGUGGCGGACAACAGCUAUGCGGGCAUACUGCGUGGCGAGCAGGCGGACGCCAUGUCAGAUUCCGACAAGUUCCGCAAGCUGUGCGAUGCCAUCGACACGCCCACAAAGCUGUACGACGAGCGCCAAUUCCCACCCGUUGCCAUCACCGCAAAGGAUUGACCACGAAGAAGCAGCACACGGGACAUGGUCUUUCUAGAUAAAACACAGUGUGGUUGAGCAAGAACUCUGCAUUUCCAAAAACCCAAAAAAAAAAAACAAAUAUAAAAAGUAUAUAUCUACAUAAAAGG